AUGGAAUCUCUGCACUAUGGUCGCCCUCUCCUUCUCUUGCCACAACGUCUGAAAGGAUUCUCGCCGCUCGGGCGGAUCAACUCCUUAGGACUCACUAGGAGAGCCACUAGGGAUGUGAUUGACGGACGAAUACAAUCGGACUGUGUGCGGCAAAAGGCACCCGCUGAGCUACUUGAGCCUUUCCGCCUUCGUGUCAAAGUUGAUGAACUUGACAUGCGUGAUGGAGGUAUGGGGUCACCAUAUUGA